AUGGUAUCGCCAAAGCUACUCUUAUCGAUAGCCGAAUCAGCCCUCCUUGGCCCCACACCGCCCACGCCAUCGCAGAGAAUCGAGCUCAUUCAGGCCAUUCGCCACUCUCUGCCUGCCUUUAAGUCCCUCCUCUCCUACCCGCCUCCAAAACAGUCGGAUAGAGCUCAAGUCCAAUCAAAAGAAGUGAGACUGCCAGACACGGGGCCAAUUUCACUUGAUGAUCAGGAUGUUCAGAUAGCGUUGAAGUUGAGUGAUGACCUCCAUCUCAAUGAAAUAGACUGCGUGCAAUUGCUUGUUUCUGCCAAUCAAGAGUGGGGCUUGCUUGGUCGAGAGCCCUUAGAUAUUUUACGUCUUGCUGCUGGACUUUGGUAUACAGAGAGAAGAGACCUAAUAACAGCACUUUACACACUAUUGAGGGCUGUUGUUCUUGACCAGGGAUUUGAAGCUGAUCUUGUAGCUGACAUACAGAAAUAUUUGGAAGAUCUUAUUAGUGCUGGACUUAGACACCGGUUGAUUUCACUCAUAAAGGAACUCAAUAGAGAAGAGCCAGCUGGUUUUGGUGGGCCUAAUUCUGAGCAUUACAUUCUUGACUCAAGGGGUUCUUUAGUAGAAAGGCGAGCUGUAAUUUGUAGGGAAAGGCUCAUUCUUGGCCAUUGCCUUGUUCUUUCUGCUUUGAUUGGUCAUGCAGGUUCUAAAGACAUAAAAGACUUGUUUUUUGCUUUAAAAGAUGGUGCCGUUGAAUAUAGUGGGAGCGCAGAUUCCUUGAAGCAUCAGAUUAUGUAUAGCCUUCUUUUCUCUCUUGUGAUCGCUCUCAUAUCAGAUGCAUUGAGCACGGGACCUGACAAAGUGCCUGUCCUGUCUUCGGAUGUUUCUUUUAGGCGUGAAUUUCAGGAGAUUGUGAUGACUUCUGCAAAUGAUCCUACUGUUGAAGGCUUUGUUGAUUGUGUAAGGUUUGCAUGGGUUGUACAUUUGAUGUUGAUACAAGAUGGAACAGAGUUAAAGGAGAGCGGAGCUACUGCUUUGACUAAUGAGAUGAAAUAUACUUACUCAUGCUUGGAAGCCAUUUUUGCCAACAAUGUUUUCCAGUUUUACUUGGAUAAGAUUCUUCAAACUGCAGCUUAUCAGAACGAUGAUGAAGAUAUGAUCUACAUGUACAAUGCCUAUCUUCACAAGCAAAUCACAUGCUUUCUUUCUCAUCCACUUGCUAGAGACAAGGUAAAAGAAGCAAAGGAGAAGGCUAUGACAAUUCUUAAUCAAUACCGCACUACUGCCAGUCAUAAUCAGACAACGGAUGGUAGUGGACCUCCUCAACAAUCUACUGAAAGUGCACGUCAACCUUUUGUCUCUCUUUUGGAGUUUGUGAGUGAAAUUUAUCAGAAGGAACCCGAGCUGCUGUCUGGCAAUGAUGCUCUAUGGACCUUUGUGAAGUUUGCUGGAGAAGAUCAUACAAAUGUUCAAACACUUGUGGCAUUCUUGAAAAUGCUGAGUACCUUGGUUGUGGAAAAUGGAAAUCCCAUUGAAAGGAAGAACUGGUUUCCUGAUAUUGAGCCACUGUUCAAGCUCCUCAGUUAUGAAAACGUGCCUCCUUAUCUCAAGGGUGCUUUGCGAAAUGCCAUAGCUACUUUUGUGCAUGUGUCUCCACUUAUGAAAGAUGCAAUUUGGAGUUACUUAGAGCAGUACGAUCUACCAGUAGUUAUUGGGCCUAAUAUUGGGAACAGCGGACAACCAAUUGGCACACAGGUUUAUGACAUGCAAUUUGAGUUAAAUGAAAUUGAAGCAAGAAGAGAACAAUAUCCUUCAACUAUAUCAUUUAUCAAUCUGCUAAAUGUUCUAAUUGCCGAGGAAAGGGAUGUUAGCGACCGAGGACAUAGGUUUAUUGGCAUCUUCAGAUUUAUAUAUGACCAUGUAUUCAGCCCAUUUCCGCAGAGAGCCUACGCAGACCCCUGUGAUAAAUGGCAACUAGUUGUGGCUUGUCUUAAACAUUUCCAAAUGAUGCUGAGCAUGUAUGACGUUAGAGAAGAGGAUGUCGACAUUGUUGUCAAUCAAUCUCAGCUUUCCGGGAAGGGGCAAUCUUCUCCGCAGAUGAAUCUUCCUGCCAUAGAAUUAGUGAAGGACUUCAUGAGCGGUAGAACUGCUUUUCGGAAUGUAAUGUCAAUUCUUUCACCGGGAGUCAAUUUUUUAAUCACUGAGCGUACGAGUCAAAUUUAUGGGCAACUUCUUGAAAAGGCUGUUCUCCUAUCUUUGGAAAUUAUAAUUCUUGUGAUGGAAAAAGAUUUAAUUGUUUCUGACUUCUCGCGCCCUCUGUAUCAGCCUUUGGAAGUCAUACUCUCCCAAGAUCAUAAUCAAAUUGUAGCUUUAUUGGAAUAUGUCAGAUAUGAUUUUUUGCCCCAAGUGCAGCGUUGUUCAAUCAAAAUUUUGAGUAUUCUAAGUUCUCGCAUGGUUGGGCUCUCACAGUUGCUAUUGAAGUGUAAUGCUUCUGGGGGUUUGAUUGAGGAUUAUGCUGCCUGCUUAGAGCUAAGAUCCGAAGAAAGUCAAAUUAUUGAGGAGAGCAGCGAAGAUCCUGGUGUUUUAAUAAUGCAACUGCUCAUUGAUAAUGUCAACAGGCCAGCUCCUAAUAUCACGCACUUAUUGCUCAGAUUUGAUGUUGACAGCCCUGUAGAGCGUACAGUGCUUCAGCCAAAAUUUCAUUACAGUUGUUUGAAAGUCAUUCUUGACAUGUUGGAUAAGCUUUUGAAGCCUGAGGUCAAUGCAUUGCUUCAUGAAUUUGGUUUUCAGCUCCUUUUCGAAUUAUGCGUGGAUCCACUGACUUCUAGUCCUACCAUGGAUUUGUUGGCUACAAAAAAGUACCAGUUCUUCAUGAAGCAUCUGAGUUCAAUAGGUGUUGCUCCACUGCCUAAGCGAAAUAGCGGUCAAGCACUUCGUAUCUGCUCUCUUCAUCAGAGAGCAUGGUUGUUGAAACUGUUAGCAGUAGAACUACAUACUGCAGAUAUGACGAGUGCUCUUCAUCGAGAAACUUGUCAAAAUAUUCUUGCUCAACUAUUUGGGCAGAGCAUUGCUGAAUACAGAACUAACCAGGAUGAUUCUUUCUAUGUUCCUCAAACCAACAGUGAAGUUGCCAGAAUUGGUUCAAUUGGCAAGAUUAAGGUGCUAGAAUUACUUGAAGUUGUCCAGUUUAAAUGUCCUGAUACCACACUGAAGUCUUCUCAGUCUGUAUCUAAUUUAAAAUAUUCGUCUCUGGCUGAAGAUAUACUUACCAACCCAGCAACCUCUGGAAAGGGUGGUGUCUAUUAUUUGUCAGAGCGUGGCGACCGUUUGAUUGACCUAGCUUCUUUCAGGGAUAAACUUUGUCAGAAGUGCAGUUUAUUUAAUCCCCAGAUGAGCUCCUUUACCAGCGAGGCUGAAUUGAAUGAAGUACGAGAAGUUAUCCAGCAACUGUUGAGAUGGGGAUGGAAAUACAACAAGAACCUAGAAGAACAGGCUGCUCAGCUUCAUAUGUUAACGAGUUGGUCUCAGAUUGUUGAGGUGUCUGUGUCCCAGAAAAUUUCAUUCCUUGAUACUAGAUCUGAAAUAUUAUUUCAGUUGCUAGAUGCUUCCUUGAAUGCUUCUGGUUCCCCAGACUGUUCCCUGAAGAUGGCCCUGAUAUUGACACAGGUCGGUCUUACAUGCAUGGCUAAACUACGUGUUGAACGCUUUUCAUUUGGAGGCUGCUUUAACUCAGAGACAGUGACGUGUCUUGACAUAAUUUCUACAAAUCAAUUAUCCAAUGGCGCAUGCCACUCUAUAAUUUUCAAGCUUGUCAUGGCAAUUCUUAGACUUCAAUCAUCUGAAGCAUUGCGAAGGCGCCAAUAUGCUUUGAUGCUCAACUAUUUCCAUUACUGUCGGCAUACACUUGAUCCAGAUGUUCCUCCAACGAUUUUGCAGUUCUUGUCAAUUGAUGAGCAAGACAAUGGAGAUCUGGAUCUCGAAAAGAUUGACAAAGAUCAGGCUGAAUUGGCGCAUAUGAACUUUGCUAUUCUAAAGAAGGAAGCUCAACAAAUUCUGAACUUGGUCAUAAAGGAUGCCACUCGAGGCAGUGAAUCUGCAAAAACUAUGUCACUAUAUGUUUUAGAUGCAUUGAUUUGCAUUGAUCAUGAGAAGUUUUUUCUGAGCCAACUUCAAAGUAGAGGUUUCUUGAGAGCCUGCUUCCUGAGCAUCAGCACCUUUGCAUAUGAGGGUGGCAGGAUUUCUUUAAAUUCAAUGCAACGUGUUUGCACUCUUGAAGCGGAACUUGCUUUACUGCUCAGAAUUAGCCACAAAUAUGGGAAGUCAGGGGCGCAGGUUCUGUUUUCCAUGGGUUUACUUGAGCAUAUUGCAUCCUGUAAAGCCCUAAAUCUUCAAACAAAGGGAACUUUACGGCGUAUUGAUACUAAGGUUGGAAGAAAUUUGUCAGUUGAUGUUGAUGAACAGCGUAUGGUCAUUGCACCAAUAUUAAGAUUGGUGUUUUCCUUGACAUCAUUGGUUGAUACAUCUGAGUUCUUUGAGGUGAAGAAUAAAAUUGUACGCGAAGUCAUAGAAUUUGUUAAAGGUCAUCAGGUUCUCUUUGACCAAAUUCUUCGAGUAGAUAUUUCUGAUGCCAAUGAAUUGACAUUGGAACAAAUAAAUCUUCUUGUUGGCAUACUCGGCAAGGUUUGGCCGUAUGAAGAGAGUGAUGAAUAUGGUUUCAUUCAAGGGCUCUUUGGGAUGAUGCGUGCUCUUUUCUCCCGUGACCCUGAUGUUUUCACUUCAAUGCAAUCAGUCCGAUCAGAGAUUCAGAGGAAAGUUGAAGCAAACACAUCCCGCCUCUGCUUUAACUUGAGUUCUUAUCUUUAUUUCCUUGUUACAAAGAAGUCACUAAGACUACAGGUAUCAGAUGGUCCUACCGACUAUCAUACUUCAGCUGGACAGCAGCAGCUGACUCUGACUUCGCUCAGUCGCUUUCUUAGGACCCUGGCAACUGCACUUGAAAGAGCUGCAGAGGAAAAAUAUAUACUACUUAACAAGAUUAAAGACAUCAAUGAGCUAUCAAGACAAGAAGUUGAUGAAAUCAUCAACAUGUAUAUUACUCGAGAGUAUGUUUCAUCAUCUGAGAAUACACAGAAACGGAGAUAUAUUGCAAUGGUGGAAAUGUGCCAGAUUGUUGGACACAGGAAUCGGUUUAUUACAUUGUUACUUCUGAUUACACAAAACGUGAUGAACAUUAUUCUCACCCAUUUCCAAGAUAGCCCCUAUGCACGUGAAUACGAUCAUUCUUUGAAAGCAAUUGGAUAUGGUGACGUGGAUAAUAGUAAAGAGGACUUGCAUUUGCUUUGCGAAGAACUGACUCCAGUUCUUGAAAGACUUGAGUUGCUAAGCGAGGAUAAAAUGGGACACGACCUUAAAGUGUUCUGCAGAUUAGCACAUUCUCUCAAGGAAAUGUCAUUUCAGAUUUUAGCUUGA